AUGCAUUGGGGAAAUUCUGAGGUUACAGGACGAGGACUUAUUGCACUAGCUGGGAAGGGACAAAUAUACUCUAUAAAGCUCAAAGAAGGGGAGCAGUAUAUCGCCCAUCCAGGGAAUGUGAUUGCCUACACGAUAACACAGACUCCUCCGCAGCCUUAUAGAUUCAAGUCGACGACCCUGAGAUUCCAGGUGCCCAAUUUGGGUAUUGGAAAACGCCUAUCUAAUACUAACCUUGUGUCAAAUCUAUCAAAAUCAGACACUUGGAUGGCGCUGAUGAAGAUUUUCCAUACUUUCAGAACAUGGACAAGAAGGACUAUUUGGGGUGAUAGACUAUUUUUGCAAUUCCAAGGUCCCACUACCCUGCUUGUGCAAUCUAGGGCUGCACGCAUUAACGAUAUAUUAACGGACGGGGAGGUAAAUGAAAUCGCCGAUGCCACUCCAGGAGUCACUAGAGUGGCGGUGGAAGCAACUGAAGCACCGUCUCUGAAGGAGAUUGCUAGCAAGGCUGCUGCUGAAAAUAAAACCGGCCAACGGCAGAGCGUUGCAAGUGUGCAUCAAGAUGGAAAAGUCGACAUCAAGUCCACCGAAUAG